AUGAACUCAACUUCUUUCAACUUCUUACCAUCAAUAUCUCAAUUUUUAUCGAAUGUCCCGCCUGGUGAAGAUCCAUUUUCUUUCGGAAUUCGCAUGUUAGAUGCAAGCGUCUAUCCAACAGUAAAUCCAGAAACAUUCACUAUCCUUAUCGCGAUGUCCUUCAUCCAUGCAUGCACGAUCAUCCUAUCAGUUCUGGUAAUCAUACUGCCUUUUCUACGCCCGAGAGCUCGCCGAAAGCAAUUCUGGAUUGUCAAGAAGUUCAACAUUGGUUCCAGCACCGAUCAUUAUUGGAUGCCCAAUACUUCCGUGGCAUUAGCCUUUUUUCAACUUUUGAUAGGCUGCAUUUGUGAAGUCUAUACUUACUUGAGUUAUGUCGCCCUUAAAUCUCCCGGGUUCGCAAAUAAAAUGUCCAUUGGGGUGUGGAUUCAAUUCAUUUGGAUGUUUAGUUUCUUCAGCUAUUUCAUCACCUCCUGGGGAGCAAUAAGCACGUGCCUUGGUUCACCUCAACCAUCAACCAUUCUACGCUCCCCUAUGUUACGAAGAGCAGGUAGCCUUUAUGCCAUAUGUAUCAUUAUACCACUGCUAGUGACAAUGUUUACCUUAGCCUGGAGCGUCGCUUUAGGCUUCUCAUACCACAAGAUCCAAGCAGAAGUCGAACAAGUUCGAAAUAUGUUAAUCGAUGCCUCUUCUGAAAGGAAAGCUGGUAACCAUCCAAGCUUACAGCAGAUGCUUGAGAUACUGGAGAAUGCGAAAAACCUCUUGAAUACCACUAGAACACUUAUUUUCCGUCUAAAAUAUAACUCUUUCCUUUGGGCUGCUCUUUGGACGUUUACCGCUGCUAUGUAUACUUACUCCGUGUGGCCUCUGAUAAGAAUGUUCAGGACUUGCUAUCAGCAGAUGGAAGGAAUGAAAGCUACUGAACUGCCGGCCACGAAAUCAAAGAAAUCUCGGGAGGACUCGUCAAAGCGUGAAAAGCCUCAUGAAAGAGUUGGGGCGGCAUUGCGAAGAAGUUACAGGUUCCUCAUGUGGCACUGUGUUGUGAUGACAAUGUCUAUCAUUUACAAUUUUUGCAUCUGUCUUGUAGUUGGAGUUCACUCGGAACAUGUGAUAGUGGUAUCUGAGUGGAGAGCUCUUGGCGCUUGGUUGUUCUUGGUGGGGGGUGCGUUUUCAGCGAUUGCCAUGCUAUCACAAACUUGGCGAUCUUACAUCAAGUUCGAUUUCACUCAGGAAGUAACUGACCAGGUGACUGGGUCAGAAAAUGAAUCAGAAACAUCAAACAAGCAUAAAUGGAACACACUCACCAGCGGUAGCAGUGGCAUUCCAACUAUUUCCGAACUCGGUCUGUCUGCUGAUGAGCACCAAACACAACAUACAGAAAACGUAUUGGUUAUUUCUAUCACGGGUGCUGCCGGAGACAAGAUCACAGCUGAAUGCAACAUUGAGACCUUGCGUGAAUAA